GAAUAUUUGGUCGUAGAGAAUAGACGACAAAAAUAUACUGCAUAUAACAAAUUAUUUUGCGACAUUUUUUUCUUGUGCUUGCCGGUUGUCUUAAAAUAAUUGAAAUAUUAAAAGAAAAAAAUAAAAAUAAAAAAAAUCAUAAAAUAAAUAUUAUCUUUUAAUUGUGAUUUUAAUAUUUUUCCCCAUAAAAGCAAAGUUUGAGUGACUAUUAAGUAAUAUUUUGCGUAAAAGGAAAAAUAUUUCUAAACCACCACUGUCAACGUUUUUUAAAUAAUGGCAAAAAUAAUGAAUAGUUUUUUAAUAAUUUGUUUAAUUUUCAACUUCAUAUUGUUGCUGUUUGUGCCAACCAUUGAAUGUUCCUCGUCAACGGCUUCCUCCAAGUCCGCAGUGCAGUGUAAAGAAUUGAAUCAGUGGAAUUGUUAUUCAUCCAGGAAUGAGGGAUACUUUUGCAGCAGUAAAGAUCAAAGUACAACCGAGACCAGAUGGUUUUACGAUAAGGGACACUGUCGAAAAUUCGCCUACAAAGGCUGCAAUGGCAAUCGUAAUCGUUUUUGUACCAAAGAGACCUGCAUGAAAAGAUGUCAAGGAGAAUAGAAUUUAAAAAUAAAAUCUUUAAUAAUUCUAAAUAUUUUUUUUUCUAAUUUACAUAAAAUAUACUUAAAUAUAAUGCAUAAAUAAGCAUUUUAAAAAUGUUAAUAAAUUGUAUUGGUAGCUACAAAAAAAAAAAUAAUAAAACUGAAUA